AUGAAUCUAACAGAAGAUCAUCAAAGGAAGUUUUGUGUCCAAUCUUCCUCCUGUUUAGAAAAUGAGUCAACAGCAGUAGAUGUUCUGUUUUAUGUGUCUGCAGCUGCAGCUGUGUUCCUGACAGUGUGUGGAAACCUGCUGGUGAUCAUCUCCAUCUGCCACUUCAAGCAGCUCCACACACCAACCAACCUCCUCCUCCUCUCUCUGGCUGUGGCUGACCUUCUAGUUGGAAUAACUGUGAUGCCUUUCCACUUUAUUAUGCUGAUAGAAUCAUGCUGGGUGUUUGGGACAAUGUUUUGCUCAAUUUUUAACCUAUUUCUAUUCAACCUGACUUGUGUCUCGAUUUAUAAUGUUGCUUUCAUAGCUGUGGACCGAUACAUUGCUCUGUAUGACCCGUUUCUCUACAGCACCAAAAUAACAGUCAAAUCAGGUUUGAUAGUAUCAUUCUUUAUUUGGUUUUUGUCAUUCCUCUACAACAUAAUUUUUCUUAAUUUUAAUGGACUGUUCACUGAAAAUAACAUCACAUGUCCAGGAGAGUGUAUGUUUCAAUGCAGUGCAAUGUGUUCUUUGGAUUUUGUAGUAGUAUUUGUUCUCCCGUGUUCUUCAAUUAUUGUUAUGUAUUUGAACAUCUUUGCUAUUGCUAAAAAACAUGCAAAUACCAUUACAUCUGUCAGCAAACAACAUACCAAAGCCUCUGAAGGAAUGCAUCAUACCAUGGCAUCUGAGAGGAAAGCUGCAAAAAGACUAGGAAUCCUUGUGUCUGUCUUCAUACUGUUUUUGCUUCCAUGCUACUUGGGCCUUCUUUCUACUGUCCUGUCCUUUGAAAACACAUCUUUGUAUAUUGACAUGAUGAACAUAUUUGGUUGCAUCCCACUUCUAAAUUCUUCAAUCAAUCCUAUCCUUUAUGCUCUGCUUUAUCCAUGGUUCCAGAAAAGUGCUAAAGUCAUUCUAACUCUAAGGAUAUUUAGCUCUGAGUCUUCACAUAUAAAUGUGCUUCCAGAGACAUCAUAG